GACCCGAAGUUAGGACGUAGUUUUUUUGGCACGUAUGAAGUCGUGUUGUAAGAAAAUUAUUAAACUCUAGUACAGCUUUACAAAACCCACACGAACACUAACAGAUAAGAUAAUUGUGCGGGGUGAUUAUGGCUACAGAGUUGUGUAGGUAUUCAACGGGUCAAGUUUAAUAUAACUAAAAAUGUUGGAAAAUUCCCAUCCUCUACUACAAACCCUGCUGGGCACCCUGUUUACUUGGGGACUGACUGCAGCAGGAGCAGCCCUUGUCUUUGUAUUCAGCUCUGCUAAGAGAAAGUUGUUGGAUGGAAGCCUUGGCUUUGCUGCUGGAGUAAUGGUCGCUGCUUCUUAUUGGUCUUUAUUAGCUCCAGCUAUAGAUAUGGCUGAGAACUCAGGGCUGUAUGGAAGUAAUGGUCAAUGGGCCUUCCUGCCAAUAGCUGUCGGGUUUGUCCUCGGUGCACUGUUUGUGUAUGCAGCUGAUUUUUUUAUUCCAAAUUGUGGGGAGUUAAUUCGCCCUGAUGGUAGCAGCAUUUUGGAUGAUAUUCCAUUAGAUGAUUCCUACAAAAGUGAGGACAGCUUCCAUUCGGUCACUUUGACAGUUGAUGAUAACUAUUCAAACAUCCAUGCUAAGCAUAGAAAUCCCAGUGACAUUGCUAUAAAAAGACGCCAGAACGUUGCACCAAUCUCAGAUGCUUCACAGCGCACACAACAAGCUCAUAAUUCACAGAGUGCUCCAGGGCGCUUAGAAACCAGUGUUGGCAAAGCAAUUAAUUGGCGGAGGAUGAUGCUCCUUAUAAUUGCAAUUACUAUACACAAUAUACCAGAGGGAUUAGCUGUAGGUGUAGGCUUUGGUGCAAUUGGUAAAUCUAGUCUAGCAACAUUUGAGAAGGCAAGAAAUUUAGCAUUUGGAAUAGGAAUCCAAAAUUUCCCUGAAGGUUUGGCUGUAAGUCUUCCACUCAGAAGUUCUGGAAUGUCAGUAAUGAAAAGUUUUUGGUAUGGUCAGUUAAGUGGCAUGGUGGAACCUAUAGCAGGGUUACUUGGUGCCUUUGCUGUGACCUUUGCAGAACCUUUGUUGCCUUAUGCACUAGCUUUUGCAUCUGGUGCCAUGAUCUUUGUUGUUGUUGAUGAUAUUAUACCGGAAGCACAAACAGCUGGCAAUGGAAAAUUGGCCUCUUGGGGAGCCAUUGUAGGUUUUGUUGUAAUGAUGUCACUAGAUGUUGGCCUAGGAUAACCUGUUUCAAAGGGAAUUGUUGCAAACAUUGGUAUCACAGAGUAGCCACCAUGUUUUGAAUUAUCAUUCCAAACAUUUUGUUGACAUAGUAUUAAAUCAAAGAAAUUUGUUUUAAUCUAUUAAUGGGCAUCAUAAACUGGAGUUUUUUAAAGUAAUCCAUUAAGAAUCUUUAACCUCUACACAAUAUCUCACUUCUUUUCUUUACUAUUUGAAGUAACUACACUGUUAUUGAACUGCAAAAUAUAUUUUUUCUCUGUACAUUUCAACAUACAUGCCUAUUAUAUCAAAUUCAAAAUAUUUUCUUUAUCUGCUGGUAUUCAGUCACAUAUUUUUUUACCAUCUAUAUAUUGUGUUGGUGUGUUUUUGAUCAACACAUAAGGUUUGAUCUUUCUUGGAAAUAUUAAGUUACUGUUAUUGAUCAUUUCCUAAAAAUUAACAAGCCUUUUUAAAAGGAAUAAUAAGUGAUUAAAAAAACCUUAUUACAUUAAUAAUUGUAGCCAAAUAUACUAGUGUAUUUUCAAUUAUUCUAUGAACACUCACUGAGACUUCAUAAAAAAUGAUUACAACGUUUGCUUUAACUGGUUCUUUUGAUAAUAAUUUCUCCCUUUUACAUGGUUAAACAGAUUGCAGGGUCUUGCCUAAAAGCAGUUACUACAAACUGUUUAAAAUUAUUAUAAUGACUAUAUAACCUGGGUCCACUAUUUAUGAUUUUAUUGGUUUACGGCUUCAUUUGACUAUAUUUUGUUUCAUUGUUUGAAACUAAUGCAUAAUUUUUUCUUAAAUUGACAUCUAAUAUAAAAAUCCUGUGUUAAUAUUUUAAUCAGAACUACUGUUUAAACUACUGUUUUGAAUGUUUUUAUUGUGCAAUUUGAUAAUAAAAUGUUGACAUUGACAUAUCCGCAUUUUGAUUGUUUGAAACAAAUAUUGGGUAUAUAUACAUUAGGCAUUAGAAAUGCUGCUGUUAAUUGUUUAAACCAUAGCAUAACAUGGCAUAGAGAUGGGGCUAAAAUUUUAAACUCAUUUUUUAAAAUGCACACUCUCUUAAAUUGUAAUUUUGUUUGCUGAUUAUUGCAAAGAUUAUAAAUCCAAAAUACUGGUUUUUUUUAAAAAAUGCAAUUUGAAUCUAAUGUCUCAAAAAUUAAUUGUCAAUUCAAAAAAAUUUCAGCAUGACAUUAGAUUUCAGGGUUUUAAAAAUUUCAAACUUUGGUUUCAGUAUUGGUAAAAUUUGGGGAUUGAUUUCUAGGAAUCAUUUAUUUAAAAAUAAGUGGCACCACUGCAUAAUUUAUUUGAAAGAUUUAGAUUUAUAGUUUUACUAGUUCAUUGAUUUUUUUUGUAAUCAAACCAUGCAUUUAGUUGUUCGACUUGUUAGUCAUUGCAGCAUAAUAUUUUCUCUCAUCUGUCAUUGCAGUCCAAAGGUCAGUUAGCCUGAUUAAUUUACAUUUUAAAUGUAUUUUCAAACUUCGGCUUCAUAAACAUUCAUUUAAAAAUUAUAUAUUAGAAUUUGACCAUGCCUUGUUAUUAAUUUAUUUCCAUCAUGUGUAUUUUGAAAUCAUCAGUCCUGCUGAUGCUAAAAUGAUACAAAAAGAGAAAUCUAUUCAAACCACUAAUAGUUUUUUAUUUUAAUGAACAACUCUCAAUCUUGACAUUUUAAAUUAAUUUGUAUGGCCUGUGUUGUUACAUUUUGCUUUAACAAAUGAGAGCCAAGUCUUGGCUUUGAUUUUUAGCAUAUAUGGCUUCUGAGAAAAGUAAGGAUGAUUUUAAAAACUUUAAAAAUCUCUUACUGAGACUAUAUAAACAAAUCUGAUCACAUUUUGCUUAGAUGAAAUUCUGUUAAAAUAUUACAGGUUUAAGUUUUUUUAAAUUGUUCAGGAUGUAAGAUCUUAAUUGCAUUUAAUGUACAUUAUUUAUUUACUACCAUUAUUUUAGUGUUCUGAGAGUUUUUAACUGCUAUCAUGUUUUUAAAGUGUUUCAUUCCCCAUUGUAUAGAAUUGAAAUCAAUGUCUCUUACUAUUGAAUAUUUUUGAGUAAAAAAGGCCUACAAUUGCCUCAUGUAACUUGCAAUUUUGUCAUUCAAUUCAUGCCUUUGAUUUCUUUUGAAUUUGUUUUAAUUAAUUUCAGCAGCUUCACUGUCCUUAACUGUUGUCAGGAAUGCCUUAUAAAGUGGAAUGAAGAAUCUUCACUUCAAGGAGUGAAGUUUUUCUUUAUAUUCACGCUAUAACUAUAAAGUGCCUUUGCAACCCAGUUUUCUCUGAUUAGAAAAUGUCCAAUACAUCCAUCUUUCAGACUCCUGGUACCUGUUUGUUUAAAUGUUGAAUGUGUUGAAAGUGAGGAUAUGCUUUAAGAAACUUUUACUCUCACUCAUCUAAGCUGCUUGAAUAUGUUUUUGGGCUUUAAGUAUUUGGCAGGUUUUUGUCAUUUUAAAAACUUGUAAUACUUAAGGAAAAUUUGUGGUACAUUCAUGUUGAUAAUAUAUCACUGAUUUUGCUAAAUUUAACUUGUAAUGUUAUUGAUGGUAUGACAUUGAUUUGUGAUAUUUUUCUCAGUGAAGAUUAAAAAAUCAAGUAACCAAUUAUUUAAA